UUGCAAUGUUAAGAUUAUUCACAGCAAAUCUUAUCAAGAGUUUUUUUCCACAUAUAAAAACAAUAAUAAUCUUGGAUAAAACAUUGAGACAUUGAUGUAACUUGUAGAUAGAAGAAAUGUGCAUUAUCCUCUUGUAAAGAUGACUGGACAUUUGGUGGUCGACACCUUUUUCCAGAAUAUAGAACAGAUUGCACAAGAGGUAUUUUUCUCUAGCAAACGCAAUGCAGAAAAUAGAAGUUUACGAACCUUGCCUUCAAAAGGAAAGAAGACGAAUGGGAUCUCAUCUACUCCCCAAUUCUCUCAACUGAUGAAUCCCGUCCGUUGGGUUGCGGCAGCUAGCGGAGAUGAGGCGGAGCUCCUACACGGCGGCUCCCAUGGCGGCGGCGGCGUUGCUGCUGCUGCUGGUGUCGCUGGCGGCGGUGGCAGACGGGGGGGAGGGGAGAAGCGAGGAGGAGACGCGGCGGAUGUUCUUGGAGUGGAUGGCGACCCACGGCAAGACGUACUCCUCCGCCGGCGAGGAGGAGCGCCGCUACGCGGUGUUCAAGGGCAACCUCCGCCUCAUCGACCAGCACAACGCCGCCGCCGACGCCGGGGUCCAUUCGUACCGCCUCGGCCUCAACAGCUUCAGCGACCUCACCCACGAGGAGUUCGGCGCUUUCUGCUGAGGUGCCAUCCCUGAAGAAAGUCUGGAUGUAGCACCAUUAGCUGAAGCACAGGUGGAGCUGAAUAUGGUACUUGUGUGUGUUGCUGGAAGUCUUUUAGCUUUGGCAAUUUUAGUGUCGAUUGCUUGUGUAAUAAAACUGAUAUGAAAAUGUAUGCAUCUCCAGAAGAUGAAAUGAGAAAGCAAAUCCAGUGAGAAAGAUUGUUCAGAUGUAUGCAAGAUACAAGUAAAGCAUGAAUGAAUAAACUUCUGGCUGCA